CAGAAGCAGGUGUCUACCUACCUCCCUGCCUAUCAUAUCAUACAAACAGUUCUACGUUUUAUUCCGAAACUCGAGCUUCCUUUGAUUUCCAAGCUUUUGCAGUGCACUUGCAGCUCUACCGAUUCCCAAAACCUGGCUUUUGCCUUCAAGGUAGCUGGUCGGUACCUACCUGAGGUGGGUAAGGUGGGUAAGAUGGGUAAGGUAGGUAGGCAUCCCUGCACGAGCCGCCCAGACCCGCGCUUUCUCUGAACCGCCCAUCUAAAGCAAACCACUUACCAACGUUGUCGUCGCUGUCGCCGUCGCCUUUCUUUACCUUCACCUUCAAACAAAUAAACGUCAAUGUCAACCAACGCGACCACGGAACUAAUAAUCUCAUGACUCCCAAGGCCAAUUAUUUGCUCGACUCCUAAUCAGCAAUUACGUACGAACAGCCCAACCUCUUUUUCGACCUGCCAGCCACAUUACGCUCAAGUUCACGUCCUACAUCCUCAUCCUCACCCUCCAGCGCAGAGCCGCUCGCACAAUCUGCCAGUCUCAAGAAUCUCAGCGAACAUCUCAGCCCCAGUCUCAGUGGUUGCUAUCGAUCGCGCCGAUGCCCCUUGGCCCUCAUCGAUAGCGCAGGCUCUGCUCGUUGAGCCCUUCUACAAUCGCAAUAUUCCCCACCUUUCGAGACAUCAGCCAAGAUAGAGUCGACAGAGCGGGCAAAGGUUGAAGCGGGGGCAGUUGGGGGGGACUCUUGGGGGGUUGAGAGGCCGCAAGAGGAUCUGGGAUCAGGGAGCAUGCCCGGCGUCAUCAUGGACCACGGGAGCAGGAAUGGUUCACAUACGAAUCAUGACAGAGACCAACGGCCCAAUGGCAUAAAUGGUGUACUACCCAAUGUAGACAGGAUCCAAGACAAAGGAAAGGUGAGAGAGUCGCAAAUCAUGGCUCCCGUAAGUUCGGCCAUUUCAAAUGGAUUGAAUGGAAAAUUUCCCGAAGGCUUGCGGCAUGGGGUUGGAGAGAAUGGUGAUUCACGAACCAUGCAAGCUAGAGUGGACCGAUUGCCUGAAGAGGUUGCUCAUAUCUCUGAGAGUUACUUUCCACUCUCAACUUUGCUUGCUCGACUGGCGCAAAAAACACAUGUGGACUUGCUUGGUACCCUUCAGGAACUAGGACGGAUGCCAGCUCCUACUUCGGCGGUAAAUGGCAGUGUGUCUUAUCUCAGUUCGACGGACGAUCCUUCACCAGAAAAUGUAAACAAAAAAUUGCGAUUGAUGAAUUUUGCAACCUCGUCGCAUGAAGCAUGGACGAAGGCUUUAGUUAUCACGGGCUGGAGUCGGAAGGCGGAGGAUGUUAGCCGCUUGAUUGACUUGAGGAUCCAUUUGGAGGCCCAAAAAAGGCUCUACACAGAUGCGGUGGACUUGAUGGCCGAGAACAAGAGGGCGCUCCAGAAUUUUCGACUGCCAAACCCGGACAUCAAGACGGCCUUAGAAGUUUUGACGACUGGGCAGGCGUCCUGGAUGCCGGAUCUAAACUACAUUCAACCGCCACCAUUGACCGCCAAGGAAGUUAUGGGAUCACUAGAGAAGCUCAACACUCUCCUCUGCGUACGGCUCAAUUUAAAAGAUCAUGAAAGCAUACCGUUCCAAUUCAGGGAUUUCACUAUCAGGUCUGGUCGUGCUACUUUCACAGUACCGGGAGAGUUUGAAAUAGACCUUACAAUUGCAGAUGAAGAAUCGGGGUCGCAGUACUGGUUUAUUGAUUUCCGAUUCCUGUUUCAGCCAUCAUCAGGAAAUAUGGACCCGGGAAUCCGCUGGCACUUGGAAAAUAAAGUCAACGAGAUCCUUCUGAAGGAUGGUCUUUCUGGAUGCUACAAGUAUUUGCAUGAGCUUAUCUUGACUUACAAGAUUAACGAAUUCCGACGCCAGGCUGUCACACUAGCUAGAUCUACGUGGAUCGAUACACUGAAAGUCGAGAUCCUUAACAGGCCUAUCUCAAUCCAAUACUGGGUUAAUAGAUAUACCGACUUUCGGAAUUCAAAAGGUGUCCUCGUCAAAGGUUCGAAAAGUUGGGUUAUACUGGGAGUUCACAGCGGCAGGCGACAAGACAGUCGCCCGGACCCUAAGGCGACGAGUCUGUUGUUCAUCAGAUGGUUUCGCGAAUCUAAGGAAGUGAAGGAUUUCGACAUUACAUUCGAUACUACAAGUAUUUCAACCAAGUCAUUACUGGAGUCGGUCAUUUCCAGACACGUGGAAUAUAUCCUGACCGCUAUUUAUCAAAACUUGGUGGUCAAGCCUCUCUUCGCGAAAGGUGACCUGGAGUUAUCAUUGCACAUCUCUCAAGAUAAUCCGGCAGAGUCCGAGCUCAAGAUUCAACUGACAUGUGAACACCGUUUGUCGAUCAAAAUCAACCCUAUAUCCGGUCGUUUUAUUUUUAGUCCAAUGUGCCGGGCUUUUGCCAAUUUUGAAGCUGGCUUGAAUGAUCGGGUCCAAGAUCCUGCGAGCGAAGGGCACAUGUGGGUUGAACGUCUUCGUCUCUUCCUAAUUACGGAAGACCUCUCAACGCGUGCUCUCAGUGUCGGAUGGAACAAAGUCGGUAAUCCAGAGCUGCGACUAGACAGAGUGCAGCAGUUUGCUGGCAAGGACCAUUUGGCAGUCGUAUGGUUCAGGCGAUAUGGCUGGGCUAAGGAUUGGUUCUUAGCUGUUUCCCAGAGCAUGAGUGGGGAGAAAUGGCAUUUGGUCAAAACUGCCUUAGUACCUACCACAUUGCAGUCGAAUAACCGGGAGGUUGAUUGUGCCAUCAAACUUCCGAUCCAGACAUCAUCACCUAGACCCACUUAUCCUUUCCUAUCCACACUGAAUAUCUUUGCUGCUGGCGUCAUCUCCCACUUCACCAACAUGAAGAUCCUCCACGCCAAACAUGUCCAUCAUAUGCUUGGGAAGGGGAGGCUUUCCAAGGCCCUUAUUUUACCUUCUGUUUAUACUCGCCUUUCGGACCUUGUCCCGUCAAAAAACAGACUUCCACGUACUGGAAACCCCUGGGCCAAAGAUAUCAUCCGGAUCACUUUUCAAGGCGUGGAGAUGUUCUCGUCGGGCUUCAACGACAGUGAUGAUCUAAGCAGUCCUGUGCAGUCACAAGUUAUGCAGGUACCGAUGAUGAGCAGUCAGCCUCCGAGCAUUGCUCCCCAAAGACCUUUCAGUGCUGGGGAACGUGCGGUACUUAUCGCGGAAGCGCAGAUGCUGGUUCCACUCCCGCAGGCUCUCUUGAACAUCAAUGACCAGGUCGACAAGAAUGUGAUUUUCAACGCUCAGACCGGAUCUUUCGCGAUACGAUUGCAUAGUAGGGUAGGCGAACCUGUCGUCCCUGUUCUUAUUGACCGCAUGGUCCGGGUUGAGCGAUUGGUAGAAUUCAUCCAGGUGCUUCACAAGCACGAGAAAACCCUGGUCUGCGAAAUGGUCUCUCUGGGGAAAAUAAUAUUCACAUAUCGGCACAACCCGUCAGCCCCCGCGGCAGACGUGAUGGGUGUCGAUGCAGCUCCCAAUGUGUACAAGGUAACAGUCGACUUCAGCGCUACAGACAAUAUCAUGGUAUUGGUGUUGGAGAAGGGCAAUCCGCACCUUCGAAUUGCGGAUACUCUUGCGAAGAUCUUGAAUGGACCUGAAGGAUUGGAUGGCAUCGCGACGUUUCUACCAUUGACACUUCCUAUUCUAAGCGCUUUCGAUAUCAUUGAAAUGGCAUGGUGCUCAGACGAGCUGAGCGCAAGGGGGGAAGCAUUUAUUAACGUCAGGGCAGCCGAUUCAUAUCUAAUCAGGUACAACCUCGUUAACCCCUCCCCAAACGUCAACGCUAUUUUGAUGUCUCGAAAGAUUGAAUUCGAGGUUAGAUUGCGGCAACGGAAAGGAGUGCCUUGGUGGUAUGUCCAACGAACUGAUAGCUCGUCUCGAGGCAAAGGAGAAGACACACUUGAUGAAGCACUGAAACAUUUGUGGAAUGCUUCAGGCUUGCGAUGGCAGGGCAUGAGAAUUAGCGCAGUGGCUCAGGGCAGUGGUACAGAGACUCUUCUUCUCAAGCUGGAUGAAGUUGUAAGGAACUUCGCGAUGAGCGGGAAAGGCCUGAAUAUCACUUUGUCAGCUCAAGCUUCAGCGCCAGACCUCCAGAAACAAGCGCCUCCGCGACAGCAACAGCCACAGAGACAACAGCAGUCAACACCGAACCAAAGUCAAAACCAGAGCCAAGGAAGGAAUAAUGCACAAAAUCGGGAGAUCGUGGAAAUCGAUUGAUAUGGCGUCUUGAUACCCAGCGAGUAAUUAUGGAAGUGGACGAAGAGUCCGUUUGUGAGCAGGAGCAUAGCGUUGGCGUGAGGUGGCAUGGUUAUGAUAGUGCAACAUUAGGUUUCCUUCUCUACUUCUGGGACAUUUUUUCUCUCACUUCUGGUUCAUCUUGCGUUGGCGUUUAUAGUGCACUAGCUGUCUUUUUUUUUGGCGCGAAAUGGAUUAUGCGAGGUUUUCUGUUCUGGCGUUGGUCAGAAAGAUCUGGUGUCUAAGGAGGCAGCAUGUGGCUGUUAUAGUUGAAUGAGAGGUAGCCGUCCACCUGAUGAGGAGCGAAAUGGGUUCAAUGUUAGAAUUGCAUCCGUGGUGUCCCAACAGCUGUUGCAAAUAAAGCAGUCUAUAAGAAAAAGAGAUAACAACCGCCCGUGUCUACUUAUAUCCUUAAUAAAGGC